UAUAUUAUGACGUCACAUGGUAUAAACUGUACACCCGCGCGCUCUGAAGAUCACUUCAGUUCAGUGAGAUUCCGAGCAGAAGCGAAGACGUUCACCUGAGCAGAGACUCGAAGUCUAUCCAGACGGACAGUUGACAAAAAAUUCAGCAAGUUUGACAGCGACACAGUCAACACGCGUUUCUCCUGCGUUAGAGUCAGUGGAGCUCUACUUCAGCAGCUCAGUAUCAGCAGAUGUUCAGCUGAUGAUGAGUGACUCUCCACAGACAGCUGGAGGAAAAAGCUCUUCAGAACAACAGGCUUCUCCCACAGCAGCCGCUAUGGAGAACCGCCCAACAGAAAAACAAACCAGAAAGAGGAAGACAAAACGCAUCCAUGCAUUCUUCCGGCGAAUUGGGAAGGCUUUAAAGCUUUGCACCCUACACUGCUACAGGGAAGAAAUAUUGUCCCCAUUUCCAUCCGAUGAUCCAGCAGAUCUCCAGCCAGGUUUAUCUGGCCUUGAAUGGGCGUUAUCAAUCGAUCCAUGUCCAUCUGGUUUGGAGCUGACAGUUAACACCAAUCCGGCUGAUCCUGAUGGGUCAUUGGUCUCAGAACCAUCCAGUCUUGAGGUGAUAUCUGACAGUGAUCAGGCUGAUCCAGAGCCAUCACCUGUCCCAGGUCCAUCCAGCCUCGAUUUAAAGUUAACACUGGAUCCAGGUCUAUCCAAACUGGUUUCUGAGACAAUGAAUGUCCCAGGACUAUCUAGUCUUGAUGUAACACCUAUACCAAGUCUAUCCAGUAUUGAGAUGAAACCGGACAUGGAUCUAACCGAGCCCAAGCCAUCAUCUGUCCCAGGUCCAUCUGGUUUUGAGGCAGCUGUUGAACAACAAUCAACAAAGAGGAAGAAGAAAGGCAUCUGUGCAUUCUUCCGCCGAACAUGGAGGGCUGUUAAGUGUGCUGCUCUCUGUUGCCAAAGAGACAACAAAGUGGCUCCAGAUCCAUUUGCCAUUGACCCAGUGGCUCAACAGGAAAAUUCAGAUCUCCAGCCAGAUUUAUUCAGCCUUGAGAGGCUGACACUUAAUGCUGAGCCAACAUAUCUGGAGCCAUCACCUGUCCCAGGCCCAUCCAAACUGAAUAAUGAGCCAAUGCCUGCCCCACAUCAGUCUGGUUAUGAGCCACCUGUUGAAAAACAAAGAAAAAUCAGGAUGAAGAAAGAGAUUCAAGCAUUCUUUCAGCGAACAUGGAGGACUGUUAAGUUUCCCUCCUUGGCCCCAGAUUCAUGUCGAGUUGAGCCAGUAGUUCAUUGGGAUCAAGUGGACCUCAAGCCAGGUCUAUCUGGUCCCUUGUGGUUGUCAAGGAAUGAUCCAGGUCCAUCUUGUUUCGAGGUGACAGUCAUGGCCAACCAAAAUCCACCUGAUUCUAAGCCAGAUCCAUUCAGCCUUCAGUCACACUUAACACUUGACCCAGGCCCAGCUGGUCUUGUAGUUGAGUUGACAUCUGUCCCAGGACCAUCCAGUCAGGAGAUAAUGCCAGUCUAUGGGUCUGACAUGGGUCUGGAUGUUCCUGAGCUAAAACCCAUUCCAGGUUCCAGUCUCGUUCUGACAGCUGCUGUGGAUCUGAUUGAUCCCGAGCCGUCAUCUGCCUCUGGUUCAUGCAGCUGCAGGCGGACACCUGACACUGAUCUGGACAAUUCUAAACAAAAACAUGUCCCAGUCCUAUCUGGUUUUUGGCCAACUGCAGCAUCAUUUUCCUCCCGUUAUGAUAUGGGAGUGAAGUUGGGACAGGGAGCCUUUGGUUCUGUGUAUAAGGGGACUCACAGAUUUAGUGGCCAGAAGGUUGCUAUCAAAUGCAUACGUAAGAAGCCAUGGAACAGCUUUAUUAAUGUGCCUGGAUCUACAGAACGUCUGCUGUCAGAAGUGGUUAUGAAUGUGAUGGUGUGCGCACCUCCGAAAAGCCCCUACAUUGUACAAAUGAUCGAGUGGUUUGAUCAGACACAUCAGUUCGUCAUAGUUAUGGAAUAUCCACAUCCAUGUCAGACCUUGCUGGAAUUUACCAUGUGCCAUGGAUGUUGUCUGGAUGAAUCUGUGGCACGUGGUUUAAUGCGGCAAGCGGUGCUUGCAGCCAAACACUGCAUUGAACGGGGCAUCUUACACAAUGACAUCAAGACGGACAACAUGCUGGUCAACACAGAGACACUGCAGCUCAAACUAAUAGACUUCAGCUGUAGCAAACGUAUUAACAUGUCUUGCUCUGAAGAUUAUCAAGAGGCGGUUGAAUCAACAGUCUGGUCUUUGGCUAUGGUACUUUUGGAGAUAGUUAGCAGAGACCAGCCCAUAAGUGUUUUUCUCUCCAAAUCACGUCAUCCUUUGAUACCAAGUUUCUCCAGUGAGAACCCUUCUGUGGCAGGAAGAAAGCAGCCAGGGUCAUCACCAGAGCAGCCAGUGUCAUCAGAUGAAAGCAGGAAACUUGUGUUGGGGAGGAUUCAAUGUCUGCUGAGGCACAUGUGAAUGUGUUAUAAAGUGAGUAUCAGAAAACACAUCCCAGACACAUGGACUGUCAAAGACCAUGCGACAGGAACAUGCUCCUGGAGAUGCUGAGAAAGCAUUGAAGGAAUCUCUGUGGAGGAUGUACUCAAAAAAUACACAUACUUUAGGACACCUGCUGAGUGACUCAUCAACUGUAAAAUAUCUUGUUUCAAAUCUUUUCAGGUAAUAUUCUUCUGUACCUUUUUAUCCCAUCUGUUAAAAAUUAAAAGCAAUAGUUUUAGAAAACAAUGUAAGAUUUAUCAGUCUAGACAAGAACAUGAAAAGCAUCGUAUAUUGUGAACCUUAUACAUUAGCUUCUGAUUAUUGCUACAGUUCUGCAGUGUAUGUAGCUCCACUGUCUGAGCCAAAGAGGAUGCAACAGAAUCUGAAAAGUGUUUUCUUUUUUUUCUCUUUAUUUUUGUUGUUAUUAUUGUUGUUAUUAUUCUUUUUAUUUAUUUUAUGAAAGGGGGACCCAUCUACACCUUUCCUACCAUACACCUGAAGGAUACUGACUGUAAAAUGGCAAUCACAGGAGGAGGGCUCAGUGUGGUGACAGAGACUUGUUAUAGCUCUUAUAUGUCAUUGCUCUUUUUGUUUUUUGAUUGCUUCAACUCUGUCCUCAUUUGUAUGGUUGACUGGAAGUCUGUCAGUCCAGAUGUGAGGAAGACACAGAGUGGAGCUGGAGCUCAGCAGAUGUGUGAUGGGGUAGAUACUGUGGUCUUGGAAAGAAGGGCAUCUUCACAGCUUUCUAUUCAAAGAGUUUGCUGGAUUCUGUUCUAUGGACUGCUACUACAGAAUGAAUUAAUGAAAGAGUUCAAUUCAAUUCAAGUUUAUUUGUAUAGCGCUUUUUAUAAUACAAAUCGUU